AUGGGCAGGAGGCCUUGCUGUGCCAAGGAGGGACUCAAUCGAGGUGCAUGGUCUUCCGCGGAAGACAAGAUCUUAGUCGACUACAUCAACGCUCACGGUGAAGGCAAAUGGCGGGAUCUUCCCAGGAGAGCAGGUAAUGCGCCAAACCCACCAUCUCCUUCUCCCUUUAUACGGGCAUCAAUCCCAAGGAGAAACACAGAGAGAGGAGAGAGAGAGAGAGAGGGGGAAAGGAGGCAAGAAGUCGUCUACGAUUAAAGGACCGCUGACAGCAACAGCGCUCGUGUAGGUCUGAAACGCUGUGGGAAGAGCUGCCGUCUUCGCUGGCUGAAUUACCUGAGACCAGACAUUAAGAGAGGGAAUAUCUCUAAGGAGGAGGAGGACCUCAUCAUCAGACUCCACAAGCUGCUCGGAAAUCGGUAUCCAUUCUCAUCUUAUGUCCUGGGAAUCAUUUUCAUUUUCUCAUAAAAAAUCAACAUCUUUCAAAAUCCCUCUAGACAAGUAACAUUGUCUUAAUCGAUAAAAAGUUUCAUCUCUCAGUUGGAUAAAUCUGUUCCCCAGCUGGUCGCUCAUUGCGGGGAGACUCCCAGGUAGAACAGACAAUGAAAUCAAGAACUACUGGAACACCAACCUUAGCAAGAAGGUCAGUGGCGACUCCUCUCCCUCAGACUGGCGCAGGCCCCACUGCAGACCCAGAGAUAAGAAAACAGCGGCCCGAGAAAUGGACCUGUCUCAAGAGGUCAUCCGAACCAAGGCAGCGAGGUGCACCAGGAUCUUCUUUCCUGCCCCGCCAGCACAAGAAGCAGCGGCCCACCAAACGGAGGAAUCUGGAUGCCGGGAGACGGCGUUCCCUAAACGAGACGACUACCUCGGCAUCCUCCACGACUUCGACAUCGACGAGCUCAUGAGCAACACCGAAGAGCUGGACUUCCUGCGCGUCUCCGGAGGAGAUUGCGACGAGUAUAGCCCAGUCUACUGCGGAGACGGCGAUGAGUGCGCGCCGUCUAGCCCUGGUCGCCUUUUCUUCUUCGAGGAAGCUAUUCUGGAGGACUGGAGAGAGUGUCUUCAGCCCAUUGCCACCACAGAUCUCCCAGCCACCGUGGCCUCUUGCCUAGAUUCCGAGGAAUGGGCGGAGAAGACGGAGGACUGA